AGUGAAAAUUGUCACUCAGAUCCUUGGACCUGCCUUGGCUAUCGUCUUCCUUCGAUUACCAACAAAGGGACUUGAUCAGUUCUUUUUUAUUUAUUUAUUUUAGUGUAACUGUUAAUCUACCAAAAUGCGUGAAUGUAUCUCAGUGCACGUGGGCCAAGCCGGAGUGCAGAUCGGCAAUGCCUGCUGGGAGUUGUACUGCCUGGAGCACGGCAUCCAACCUGACGGACAGAUGCCGUCUGACAAAACCAUCGGAGGCGGCGACGACAGCUUCAACACUUUCUUCAGCGAGAGUUCCGGCAAACACGUGCCGCGUGCCGUCUUCGUCGAUCUCGAGCCCACUGUUGUUGACGAGGUCCGCACCGGUACCUACCGUCAACUUUUCCACCCGGAACAGCUGAUCACCGGCAAAGAGGAUGCAGCCAACAACUACGCCAGGGGCCACUACACCAUCGGCAAGGAGAUCGUCGACCUCGUGCUGGACCGUAUCAGGAAACUGGCUGACCAAUGCACGGGCCUGCAAGGAUUCCUCAUCUUCCACUCUUUCGGAGGUGGCACCGGAUCUGGAUUCACGUCUCUGUUGAUGGAGAGGCUCUCCGUCGACUACGGCAAGAAGAGUAAACUCGAGUUCGCUAUCUACCCUGCCCCUCAGGUCUCCACAGCCGUCGUCGAACCAUACAACUCAAUCCUGACCACCCACACUACCCUGGAACACUCAGACUGCGCCUUCAUGGUUGACAACGAAGCCAUCUACGACAUCUGCCGACGCAACCUGGACAUUGAACGCCCCACCUACACCAAUCUCAACAGACUCAUCGGCCAGAUCGUGUCCUCCAUCACUGCUUCCUUGAGAUUCGAUGGUGCUCUCAAUGUAGAUCUGACUGAGUUCCAGACUAACUUGGUGCCUUACCCCAGGAUCCACUUCCCAUUGGUCACCUACGCGCCAGUCAUUUCGUCAGAGAAAGCUUACCACGAGCAGUUGUCUGUCGCGGAGAUCACAAAUGCUUGCUUCGAGCCGGCAAACCAGAUGGUCAAGUGCGACCCCCGCCACGGCAAAUACAUGGCCUGUUGUAUGUUGUACCGAGGUGACGUCGUGCCCAAGGAUGUGAACGCCGCCAUCGCCACAAUCAAGACUAAGAGGACCAUCCAGUUCGUCGACUGGUGUCCGACCGGAUUCAAGGUUGGCAUAAACUACCAGCCACCCACCGUGGUGCCCGGUGGUGACCUCGCCAAGGUGCAGCGUGCCGUCUGCAUGUUGUCCAACACGACCGCCAUCGCUGAGGCUUGGGCCAGGCUGGACCACAAGUUCGACCUGAUGUUCGCCAAGCGCGCCUUCGUGCACUGGUACGUCGGUGAGGGUAUGGAGGAGGGAGAAUUCAGCGAGGCCCGCGAGGACCUUGCCGCCCUCGAGAAGGACUACGAGGAGGUCGGCAUGGAGUCCGUCGAUGGAGAGGGUGAGGGAGGCGAGGAGUACUGAACGGAGAGGGUGCAGCCCUUUCCAGCAGAUAACAUGAGAACCCGUUGAUGCAACAAAAUACACCAAUGAGAGACCGUUGAUGCAAGAAAAAGUACCAAUUUAACGACAAUAAAGCUUUGUUUACCUGAUUGAA